GGGAGCAGGCGGAAGAGCCUCUGGGCGCUGGGCUCGGGCGUCCGGGGGCCGCUGAGGGGCCGCUCGGGGUGCAGGAAAGGGCCGCCGGGCCUGGCCGGCCGCGCUCGAGGUGUCGGGCCGCGGGCCUGAGGGAGGAGGAGGGGCCAUGGCCGGCGACGGGGCCCGGAAGCGGUUCUGGAGGCGCAGCAACGGCGAAGUCCCGGGCAGCAUCCAGCAUGUGUACGGCGCCCAGCACCCCCCCUUCGACCCACUGUUACACGGCACCUUGCUCAAGGGCGCGCCCAAGGCGCCCGCCACACCCGUGAAGGCCAAGAGCAUCAGCACCUUCCCGGAGUUUGAGAGCAACACCAGCGACGCCUGGGAUGCCGGCGAGGACGAUGACGGGCUCCUGGCCGUGGCAGCCGAGAGCCUGAACACCGACGUGGUCAUGGAGACGGCCCACCGCGUCCUGCGCAACCACAGCCAGCGGCAGGAGCGCCGCAAGCCGCAGGAGGCGCCGGGCCCCGAGCAGGAGCCACAGCCUUCGGCAGAGCCUCCUUCAGGUCCCGAGCGGUGACCUCCGGCUGGUGAAGUCCGUCAGCGAGAGCCACACAUCCUGUCCUGCAGGUGGGCGGGGGCGC